AUGAAGUUUUCCUUAUUUUCUCUUGGCCUUUCGGGGCUUUUCUCUCUCGGCGCUUCCCUGACGAUCUCUGAAAUCAAUGGCCCGGCACACAGGUCUCCCUGUGAGGAUAAAGACGUGACAGAUGUCACUGGCCUUGUCACCGCUAUUGGUCCUUCGGGUUUCUUCCUUAGGGAUACGGCUCCCGACAGCCUUAUCCAGACAUCGAGUUCGGUCUAUGUCUUCACUUCCUCCUCGACAACCAUCCGGGGUAACAUCGCCGUCGGCGACAUAAUCACCAUCGAUGGACGUAUCAUCGAGUAUAGGAGCAACAGAGCGUACUUGUUCUUGACGGAGAUCAGUGUACCGAAGAACCUGCGCAAGGUGUCCAGCGGGAACAAAGUCGAGCCAGUUGUGCUUGGAAAGGAGAGGUCGCCGCUAGUGUAUCGCUACUCUGGGAUAGACGAGAAGGCCGGCGGAGUAUUUGCUGUGCCGAACAACCAAAGUCUGUAUUCGGUGGUAAAUGCUACGGUUGAGGAGGAAAAGUAUGGAUUGGACUUUUGGGAGAGCUUGAGUGGGGAAUUGGUUAGAGUUCCUGGACCUAUUGCGCUUUCUAAGCCGAGUAACUUUGGGGAUGUCUGGGUGCAUGGGGAGUGGAGGGUUACUGGGAAGAAUUCUCGAGGGGGUUUGACUAUUGUCCCCGGUAUGGGUUGGAUGAAAGACCCAAUCCGAUUUUGAGGCAAUGGCUAAUGGGAAAUAGGAUCCUCGGGAGCCGACGCCAAUCCGGAGGCUAUCCGAAUCGGCUCCCCUCUCGACGGUACUAAAAACGAAGCGACUAGGCUCGGUGAUAAGCUAGAAGAAAUCACCGGUGUCGUCACCUAUGCCUUCGGUUUCUAUACAGUCCUCCCACUGACCGCGGUCAGGGUUAGGUCUAACGCGGAACCGUCUCUCCCACCGCCAACAUCGCUAAAGUCUAGCUCCACCUGCUCGGGCUUGACCUUUGGCUGCUACAAUGUCGAGAACCUCGCUCUCAACUCAGCACACCUACCUAAGGUCGCAGACCACAUUGUGACAUAUAUGGGCACCCCAGACUUCGUCUUCUUGCAGGAAGUCCAGGAUGAUGACGGGCCAAAUAAUUCCGGUAACGUAAGCUCGAACCAAACGCUCGCCGCGCUAUCUGCAGCUGUAAGGGAGCGCUCGGGGGUAAGCUAUAUGUUCGCCGUCAUCGACCCCGUCGAUGGGAGGGACGGUGGCCAGCCCGGAGGAAAUAUCCGGGUAGCAUACUUAUACAAUCCGGACUUCUUUACCCCGCGCAACCCAAACUUAGGGUCAAGCAUAGAUGCCACGGAAGUCCUCCCAGGACCGGAGUUGAAAUUUAACCCAGGGAGGAUCGAUCCUGCGAAUGUCGCCUGGACUGAUAGUAGAAAGCCACUUGCUGCUGUGUUUGAUAUUAAAGAUGGUGACAAGGUUUUCGUCAUCAACGUGCACUUUACGAGCAAAGGCGGCAGCAGCAGCAUCCAAGGCGACGCCAGGCCGCCAGUUAACGGUGGUGUCGCAGACAGACAAGCUCAAGCCGAAACUGUCGCUGUAUGUCCAUUACUUUGAGACCUAUACCAUAUCUUGGUUGCUGAUGUAUAUAGUCAUUCGUCUCCAAAAUCCUCGCCGAGGACCGCGCGGCAAAGAUAAUAAUUGCAGGUGACUUCAACGAAUUCACAUACGUAUCCCCGAUGCGCGCCUUCGAUGGAAUAGCCUACGACCUCGACAUAGUCACCUCGAUUCCAGUCGAGGAGAGAUACACCUAUCUUUUUGACAUGAACAGUCAGCAAUUGGACCACAUGUUAGUCAGCUAUGAGAUUACGCAGAGGGAUCCGGAGUAUGAACACGUGCAUGUCAAUACCUGGAAUAGUUUAGAGGGAGAAGUGUCGGAUCAUGACCCCAGUGUUGCGAAGCUGAACGUUUGCAAAUAGACAAAGGGGGACCAGGAGGGAAAGGCCAAAAUCAGAGGGGGCUAUAAUAAUGUUAUAUGGCUGUUACCAUUUAUGAGGUAAUUAGAGGGCCCCCGCAUCUAAGUGCUCAGGGUGGGGUUAUUCGUUUUCUUUUUUCCCCGAAGGAUCGCUCCUCAAGCAUUGCUUAGGCUGCUGAGGCUGGAUGCCUCCAACUUAGGGUUAUGUUUGUAUUCUUUCAUCCUCACAGGGUCUGGGUCCCUAUGAGAUUCCGCCAAGUAUCGCCAAAUUCCUAUCCAUAUUAGUUGACAACUCACUGCCAACGCUUCCACUAUCUUCCUUCGUUACUUGCAGAUAAUCAACUUCUCUCGCCCCCAGCACCUGCCAACAGCCCUGUUGGAGGUCACACAGAAGAGGUCGGAAUUGAAGUGCAAAGUAAUAGGACUGAUAAAAAUGCUAGCGAUAUGAGGAUAUACGGAUACCCACACUUAGGUCAUGUAUAAAGGUUUGGCUUGGUUGGGUUCAGGGCACUCCUGUUUUGGGUGUUGGCAUUCAUGUUUUCCUUCUUAGAUAGCUUUCUCUCUUUCUUUAGUUAGCGUUAUCGAUCAUCUCUCCUCC